AUGCAUGCCAACGCUUUCCUAUCGGCCCUCCUGGUGCCUGCCGUCUCGGCCCAGCUCAAUGACCUCGCCGUCCGCGCUGGUCUGAAAUACUUCGGUACGGCUCUCGGCGAAGGCACCAUCAACAGCGACAGCCAGUAUGCCGCCAUUCUUAGCGACAAGAGCAUGUUCGGCCAGCUCGUCCCUGAGAACGGCAUGAAGUGGGACAGCACGGAGCCCUCGCGCGGCCAGUUUAACUACAACCAGGGUGACAUCUCCGCCAACACGGCCAAAAGGAACGGCCAGGGUCUCCGCUGCCACGCUCUCGUGUGGUACAGCCAGCUCCCUUCAUGGGUCUCCCAAGGCUCGUGGAACAGGCAGACCCUGACCUCGGUCAUGGAGACGCACAUCAACAACGUCAUGGGCCACUACAAGGGCCAGUGUUACGCGUGGGACGUGAUCAACGAGGCCGUCAAUGACAGCGGCGGAUGGCGCGACAGCGUCUUCCUCCGCACCUUCGGCACUGACUACUUCCCGCUCUCCUUCAAUCUAGCUAAGAAGGCCGACCCCAACACCAAGCUGUACUACAACGAUUACAACCUUGAGUACAACGCCGCCAAGACCGACUAUGCCGUCGAUCUCGUCAAGAUCGUCCAGGCCGCGGGCGCGCCCAUCGACGGCGUCGGCUUCCAGGGCCAUCUCAUCGUCGGCAGCACCCCCAGCCGCGCCAACCUGGCCACCACCCUGAAGCGCUUCACGGCGCUGGGCGUCGAGGUCGCCUACACGGAGCUCGACAUCCGCCACUCCAGCCUCCCCGCCUCCUCGCAGGCGUCCGUCACCCAGGGCAACGACUACGCCAACGUGGUCGGCUCGUGCCUCGACGUCGACGGCUGCAUCGGCGUGACCGUCUGGGGUUUCACCGACAAGCACUCGUGGAUCCCGAGCACCUUCCCCGGCGAGGGCGACGCCAUGAUCUACGACAGCAACUACAACAAGAAGCCCGCAUGGACCUCCAUCUCGUCGGUGCUCGCCGCCGCCGCCACCGGCAGCCCGCCCGCCUCGUCCACCACCCUCAUCACCGUCACCACCACCCCGCCCGUCUCCCAGACCCCCACCUCCACCUCGGUCGGCACCACCCCGACCGGUGGCGCGGCCUCGCCCCGCUGGGGCCAGUGCGGCGGCAUUGGCUGGCAGGGCCCUACCCGCUGCGAGAGCCCCUGGACCUGCCAGAAGCAGAACGACUGGUACUCGCAGUGCCUGUAA